AUGAAUAAAGACUAUGACGUCAUCAUCCUUGGCACCGGGCUUAAAGAGUGCGCCCUCGGGAGCCUCUUGGCCUCCCUCGGAAAGAAGGUGCUUCACGUGGACCGCAGCGCCCAGCACGGCGGGGACAGUGCCUCGCUGAGCCCGCUGGACAUGGCCUACCGCCACUUCAACGUGCCCGGCUCGCCCCCUGCCACCAUGGGCCGCGGGCGCGCCUGGAAGGUGGACCUGCUGCCCAAGUUCCUCAUGGCCAGCGGGCAGCUGGUGAAAAUCCUGACCCACUUGGAUGCGCUGCGCUUCCUGGACUUCCGCGUGGUGGACGCCGGCUACCUAUACAAGGGCAGCCGGCUUCACAAAGUGCCCUCAACCGAGAUCGAGGCCCUGGCUUCCGGGCUCAUGGGCUUCUUCGAGAAACGCCGAUUCCGCAAAUUUUUCAUGUACGCCCUUAACUUCAACGAGCAGGACCCCCGGACAUACGAAGGGGUGGAUCCCUGGAAGACGACCUUUAAAGAUCUCUUCCAGAGAUUCGACUUGGGCCAAGAUGUCACGGACUUUGCUGGACACGCGCUGGCCCUAAGUCGAACCAACAGCUAUCUGGACCACCCCUGCGUCGAGACCCUGGAGAAGAUCCAACUGUACACGUUUUCCCUGGCCAAGAACGGAAAGAGCCCUUACCUCUACCCACGCUUUGGGAUCGGAGAGCUGGCACAGGCUUUCGCCCGUGUGACUUCCAGCCAAGGCGGCGUUUUCUUAAUGAACAGACCAGUAGACGAGAUACUCAUCAGGGACGGCCGAGUGGUGGGCAUCAGGUCAGAGGGCCAGAUCGCAAGGUGCAAGCAGCUGGUAUGCGACCCCAGCUAUGUGCCAGACCGAGUGAACAAGGUCAGCCAGGUCAUCAGGGCCAUCUGCAUUCUCAGCCACCCGGUUAAAAACACCAAUGGGGCCAACUCGGGACUUAUCAUCAUCCCUUCCGCCCAGACAAACCGCAGAUCGGACAUUUACAUCUUCCUCACUUCAUCUGUCCACAACGUGGCCACACAGGGCAAAUACAUCGCCAUAGUGAGCACAGCUGUGGAGAGUAAAGACCCCGAAAAAGAAAUCCAGCUGGCUCUGGAGCUCUUGGAGCCCAUUGAGCAAAAAUUCUUUUCCGUAAGUGACCUCCACGUGCCCACUGACUUGGGGACCAAAAGUCAGAUCUUCGUAACGACCAGCUACGAUGCUUCCGUGCACUUUGAGAGCGCCUGUGACGAUAUAAAGGAGAUCUAUAGAAAGAUGACAGGAUCCGAACUGAAAUUGGACUGA